CAUCCGAGAUGUGUCAUAAGGUUGCGGCUACCGCGGCUGUGUUUACACGCGCGGGGUGCGCGUGAGUCACUAGAGUAGUCGUGUCCGCUGCCAGGUGAUAACGCACUUGUUCAACCAGUGCGUGUUUGACCAGCUGUAACAUCAACCGCUUUGUUAUUGUUUUCCGUUCCGCCCAUUACGCUAGCCUAUCAAUUGCUUAGCCUAAUGAUUAUUCAAUUUUUGAAUUAGGUGCGGUGCAUAACUGUGAAGAUUGCAAGUAACUUUGAUUGCUUCAUUGGAACUUUAUUACAAAUGGAGCGUUAAUAGUGCGUUAAUUGUGGUGUCGCCACGUAAAACAAAUUCUAGUCAGUGAUGUGAUUUGUGGGGAUUGCUCAAAAUGUUUUACGAAGUGUUGCUUGGAUUGUGCUUGCUGGCAUACAUGGUAUGGAAGAUUUUGGUGUCGAAACAGCCACCUGAAAUAAAGGAAGCCAUUAAAGAUAAUGUGAUCGGUACAACGUUAACACCAAAAGAGCAAGAUGUGGAACCAGCAAGCCUGGAUAAAAUUAAUGAAGAAGGUGAAAAUAAACUGCCAGAAGUGCUUGCUGCAAAAAUUAUCGAAGAAGUUACUCAUUUAGAAGAUAACAAUAAUGGCAUCAACCAGUUGCAAAAUUUAAACAUAGCUAGUUUGAAUACUGAAGACAAAGUUUCACCAAGCACGUUACUGAAGCAACAACAAGCCAAACUUCUUAACGAUAGAAUAUUCAAGCGAGAGAGUCCGCCAAAGGAACGAUUGACUGAGUUCCUCGAGAAAACUAUUUUAAAUGAUGACAAAAUACAAACGAUUAUACAAAACCUGUCUCUAGAUAAAGCAGAGGCCGAACACGAACCCCAAAUACUGGAUUUUAACAUAACGCCUGUAGAUUUGAAACCAGUUAAGCCAACUAUAAGUGAUAGGGCGAUACAAUUGCAAGAAUCAAUUGACAAAGCAUCUGACAGAAUAAAACAGUUGAAUACAAUUAAUUUGACUAAAGAGCCUGUCAUCGAACAAGAUGUGUGUGAUGAGGUGAACGGGGUAGAAGAGAAACCUUUUCUGAAACGUUUACAAAAACAAUCCGGGUUCCCAACUGGUCUUAAUUUUGGAUCAGUUAUAGGCGAACUGAAAAAUAAAACGAAGAACGGCGGUUUGAAGCCUGUGUUCAGGAAGUUUGAUCUGGAGGCCGCCGAAAACGACAAGGACUCUCUAAGCGCUGCUGUCGAUGAGAAAAAGAAAGUGCAGGUAGACGACGAGCUUGGGAACAACAUCCUUGCUGAUAGGAGGAAUAAGCUCGAAACUGCUGCACAGGGAUGGCGCAAACGCGUGCCGCAAAGCGAUGCAUCCCUAUUCACGGUGGCGGGCCGGCUGGAGCGCGACAAAGUUACCACCACACCGCCGCUGACUCCGCCACCUGUCUCCACCCCAGCGCCGAUGACGCCGUCAUCACCUGGCAUCCCUGUCGCCAACAAGUUCAGAUCUCGCAAGCAAGGCUCCCCGACCAACGGUUUCCUCUCGGGCCCGCUCCGUUCAGCAUCGUGCGCCGUCGUGUGCCCGGACAAGCAGCCGAAGGAGGAAGCCAGGAAACCGGACCGGGAGUCUUUUAAACGCAGUCACAGCGUCAGCGAAAGCAUAAGCAGCCGACUUGAUGAGAAAGAGGAAUCGCCCGGCGCCGAAAAGUCCGGCUGCCCGGUGCGAGUGCCGCGCGCCGACGAUGAGACCUUCCACGCGUUCUUUACUCCAGUUAUGGAAAAAGAACGAACGGCUGACAACGGUGUGGACGUCGACCUCGACGCUAUUGAUAGCAGCUCGCGGCAGAUGUUGGCCAACGACUGGGCUCGGCGAGCGAAGCGGGAGCGCCGCCACGCCGCGUCCCGCAACCCGCUGCGGGCGCUGGCCGCGCGCACCGACCUCCGCCAGGAGUACUCCCCGCCGCCCUCCACCAACAUCAGGGAUCAACUCAUCAAGGAGAAAGCAACGGCCAACUGCGGCUUAGCGGCAGAAGCGUUAGCGGCCCUGGCGACGAAGGAGGACUUUUCAAACGUGGCGCUUCGAAGCGCCUCCUCCACCGUCAUCCCCAGCCAGGGCACCAAGUCCGUCAUGCUGCUGCACGUCAAGGGCCGGCGAAGAGUGCAGACGAGAUUGGUGGAGCCCGUGCACACGAACGUCAACCGUGGCGACUGCUUCGUCUUAAUCACGCCAGAUCAGCUGUUCCUCUACAUUGGACAGUAUGCCAAUGUCAUUGAGAGGAAUCGCAGUACCGACGUGGCCCAACACAUCCAGAACACCAAAGACCUCGGCUGCAAGAACUCCCCCGCCAUCAUCAAGAUCGACGAGCAGACCAAGAACUUCUCCAACAAGCACUGGAACCAGUUCUGGUCGCUCCUCGGCCUCACCGAGGGCGUCGAAGACUACAAACCUGUCGAGACAGGACACCCCGAUGAGGACGAGAUAUUCGAGUCCUGCAUCGUACAAACCAACAUGUGCUAUGAGGUUAUUGACGACGAAUUAAUACCUAUUAAAGAAUACUGGGGACAAAUGCCGAAGAUUGCUAUGUUGAACCAGUCAAAAACUAUUGUGUUCGAUUUUGGAUCAGAAAUGUACAUAUGGUACGGGAAAAAUGUCCCGCUCGAAAGCCGGAGGCGCGCUGCCCAACUUGCCCAAGAGUUAUUCGAUGAGGGCUACAAUUACGAAGAAUGCCAUAUCAAUCCUUUAAACGCUGCUACAUAUCAAGGUGCUAGAGAAGAUAGGAGUAGUCCAGAGAAAACGUCGAAAACUAGACCGGAAUGGGCGAUCAUGUCCAAAGUCACUCAGCACAUGGAAACUAUACUCUUUAAAGAGAAAUUCCUCGACUGGCCCGAUUAUACCAGAGUCAUCCAAGUGAAGCCCCAAGAGAACAAAUCGAAUAGCAUAGAAAUAACUCCAUGCGACGCCGAAGAAAUGUGGUCGAAUGAGUACCAGGAUCCAGAUCUCAUUUUAGAAGGAUCCCACGUCGGCCGCGGCACGCAGUACUACGAUAAGGAAAACAUGAGACAUUACGAAAUCAAAACGAAAUCGGUCUCAAAAUGGCUUAUUCAAGAUAACGAUUACCAGAAAGUUGAAAGCCAGGCCGAAAUUGGCGAAUUUUUCUCCGGAGACAGUUAUAUUAUCAGAUGGGAGUACCAGAUUACCGUUUCUGGUAGGGAGCUGAAUGGGAAACCGUCGAAACAUGCUGUGACUGGGAGAGAUCGCUGCGCUUAUUUCUGCUGGCAGGGAAAAGAUGCGUCAUCCAACGAAAAGGGAGCCGCCGCGCUGCUUACAGUGGAAUUAGACAAAGAAAAGGGACCCCAAGUGAGGGUAGCUCAGGGCAACGAGCCACCAGCGUUCUUGAAUCUCUUCCAAGGGAAUCUGGUAGUCCAUCAAGGAAAGAAAAACACAGAUAAAAACAGAUUCAAGCUUUUCGUGACACGAGGAAACCUGUCCAAUGAAGCUUACUUACUUCAAGUUCCCUGCUCAGUCCGACAGCUCCGCAGUCGAGGCUCUCUACUUCUCGUCGACACGGAAAAAGGCCGCCUAUACAUCUGGCACGGAUCCCGCAGCCUCAAACACACCAAGAGCAUAGCUAUUGAAUUAGCCAACAAGCUGAUCGCUAGAAAAUCUAGUUACCUCUUCGGCGCUAAUGUGUCUAAUGUGAUUAUCACUGAGGUCAAAGAGAGCGAGGAACCAAAAGAGGUGUUGGAAGCGCUAGGCGUAGCGAAUAAGCAGUACUAUAAUUCUGUACUAAGUGGGGGGAAGGAGUCAGGUGGGGAUGUGACCCCUAGAUUAUUCCAUUUCACGGAUCUGGGCGGGCAGUUCGAGGCGCACGAGGUGCUGUCGCCGCUGCGGCAUGAGCGGCUGGUGACACCCUUCCCUUUUGAACAAAAGGAGUUGUAUUCAGCGUCGCAGCCAGCCCUGUUCCUGAUGGACGACGGAGCGUCGGUGUGGCUAUGGCAGGGCUGGUGGCCGCGCGGGGAGGACGGGGAACUGGAACCCGCGGAGCGAAAUACUGGUGUAGGAGCAUUCGCAGCGCGCUGGCAAGCGCUCCGCGCAGCGGCCCUGCGCACGGCGGAGGCCUACUGGAUGGCCUCGCGCCGCACCCGACCUGACGUCAAGGUCGUGGCCGCCGGCCUCGAGCCGCAGCCCUUCACCGACCUCUUCGAUACCUGGGCUGAGCACGAUGACGCCGCCGAGGCCAAUAUUGCGCACGGCUACAAGGCGGGCGAGGCGCUGCGCGGCGCGGGCGAGCUGUCGCGGCUGGAGGCGCGCCGCGCCGAGCUGCCGCUGGCCGCGCUGCAGCGCCGCCCGCUGCCCGACCACGUGGAUCCACAUCAUCUGGAGAGCCAUCUGUCGACGCCUGAUUUUUUGGAGGCUUUCGGCAUGACCAAAGAGGAGUUCACCGUGCUGCCGGCGUGGAAGCAGACCAACUUGAAGAAGGACAUCGGCCUGUUUUGACCCGGCGGCGCGCGCGCCGGCUGAUGCCGUCCCGGACCGGACCCGGACCGGACACCGGACCCGGACGACCAGCCGGACUAAAACUAACCGCGGCGGACACCUAUCAUACUUUCGAACAAUUUUUGUCGGAAGAUAUAUUUUCAAAUGAUCACAAAUCUUAUGUAUCUCCUUAAAAAAAGUUAAAAAGUUAACAUUGGAGAAAAAUAUUUCGAAAUAUGGAUAGGUUACCGAUCGCAAUAGACUAGUAAUUUUGUACAACCACAGUUAUUUCGUACUUUUCUACUCGUAACGAAUAUCGUUGAAGGAUUUGAUACAAUAAUCGUAAAGGCACGCUUUAAGUCUGUAGUUCCGAGUGUCGUAAUUUUAUACUAACGGAAUGAAAACUAUGUAUUCUGUCUCGUGAUAUUUUGAUGUAACCGCCGUAGACCGUAGAGUAGGUUUGAAACACGGAUUUGUAUCGGAAUUGCUUAGCGGCCGGUGUCGUGGCCUCUUCCUGUAAAUAAUUGUUUUAUUCCAUAUUUAUUUUUAAAUUUUGUUUAAUAUUAUGAAUUAUUAGAAACGCAAUAUUAACUUUUUAAUUUUAUAUGAAUUUGUAAUUGAUUAACAGUAUUUUUAAUCGGAUCCCUUAAUUAUUGUUACGUUUAACCGCCGACGAGAGAGGGCAUCGAAUUGUUAGCAGUGAUAUUUACGAUAAGUUAGCGUUGUGUCAGUGCGUUUUGCCAAAGAGUUUGAGCUCGGACGACGGUCUGGACCACGAGGCGGUUUUCUGGUCAAGUAUGGUUAUCGGUUAUAAAUCGCUAGGUAUACAACGUAUUUCUACUAUUAUUAUCGCUUUAGGGUAGGAUCCUGCGUCGACGGAGGCGUGGCUCUCGGCAUUGUGAUAUUAACUUGUAUACCGUUGAUUCGCCUGCGAAUUGUUGUUGAUUAAUCGGUACGCGCCUCCGCCCCUGCAGGUUAUAUUUUAAUACAUCACAUAUCUAAUCUACUCAUUAGCUACUCUUUUAUACCGUGCUGUUAGGUGGACCAUUGUAAACCGUUUUAAUAUUACUAAUCUUAUAACGUUCCCUUAUUUUCUGUGCUUUUGGCUUAGCUUGUAGUUAACUGACUGUACUCGACCAUUACAUUGACGUAGCCUGUGACUUUCUGUUGCCAAAAAGCGCGAAAAGAAACGAAUUUGACUAAAAUUUUGUCUUUCGAACGAUUAAGGUUUGUACUUUAAUUUUAACGCUGUUGCUAUGUUGUGUACAAUUUUAGAAGUUUAUUUUUUAUAUCUAGCUUUAUUACGUACGUAAAUGUAUUUUUAAAUGGUGAACCAUCUGAGCGACUUGUGAUAUUUACUGGGUCUCGACUGAAAAAUAUGCCAGUAAUGUAAUGAAGUCGGUUUCUGCCAAUGAGUAGAGUAACUCUUAUGAUCGAGUCAUACUUUAAUGAACUAUGUAUUUGGAUCUACGGAAUAUUCUGUCGCCAUGUAAUGUCAGAUGCAUUUACGGCCGGUACUCUGCGGGCCUACCGUGACAUAGACGUAUCUCUCAAAUCCAAUGUUUAAUGUUUUGCUUUGGUUGUGUUACUUAUAAUAUUAUUAUUGUAUUUGAGAUUUAUUUUGUAUAAUAAUGGUGUAAUAAAUUGAUAAAAUUGA